UGAUGCGAUUCUCUUUCAUAGAGCACAAAGCACUUCAUACUUGCUAUUGCUUUGUGUUCUUAUUCCUACUUUCCUUCUCUUCAUCAGAAGCUUAUGAUGCACUUGACCCAAAUGGAAAUAUCACAAUCAAAUGGGAUGUUAUUAGCUGGACAGCUGAUGGUUAUGUUGCUGUUGUUACAAUAAACAACUUCCAACAAUAUCGCCAUAUCUCUGCACCUGGCUGGUCAUUAACAUGGGCAUGGGCCGGCAAAGAGGUUAUAUGGAACAUCAAGGGAGCCAUGACUACUGAACAAGGAAACUGUUCAAGGCUAUUUAAGGGAAUAAGCCUCCCACAUUCUUGUCAAAAGAAUCCAACACUUGUGGAUUUACUUCCCAACACACCUUACAACCAAAAACUUCCAAAUUGUUGCAAAGGUGGAGUGCUUACUUCAUGGACUCAAGAUCCAACUAAUUCGGUUGCAUCAUUUCAACUCACUGUUGGUCAUUCUGGAACCACCAACCGAACCGUCCAAGUACCAAAGAACUUCACCUUCCAUGCGCCCGGUUCGGGUUAUACUUGCGGCCCGGCCAAGAUUGUUAGACCAACGAUGUUCAUUUCACCAGACAAAAGGAGAGUCACCCAAGCGAUAAUGACAUGGAAUGUGACAUGCACGUAUUCACAUUUUCUAGCUCAAAAAUCUACUCCCACUUGCUGUGUCUCCCUCUCAACGUUUUAUAAUGAUACUACAGUGCCUUGCCCAACAUGUUCAUGUGCCUGCAAGCAUAGCAACUCAACCUGUGUCAAAACAGAUACCGGAAAGAAUCCUUCAGUUGAAUGUAGUAAUCAUAUGUGUCCAAUCAGUGUCCACUGGCACCUUAAUCUUAAUAAAAAGAACUACUGGCGUGUGAAUGUUACUAUUUCCAAUCUCAAUUAUAGGAUGAAUUAUUCAGAUUGGAACAUGGUUAUUCAACACCCUAAUUUCAUCAAUAAUCUCGCUCAAGUUUUCGGAUUAAAGUACAAGUUAUUUACUCCUCUAGAUGAUAUUCAUGUGGCUAUGGUUUGGGGAAUUAAGUUCUACAAUAAUGUUCUCAUUGAAGCUAGUAAUGUAGAAUUUGAGGUACUAUUUAGAAAGGAUAAUAACUCAAGUUUGAGUAGUUUGAAGAAAGAUUGGGGUUUCCCUCAAGGGAUCUAUUUCAAUGGUGACCGCUGUGUAAUGCCACCACCUCAUGCUUAUCCAUGGUUGCCUAAUUAUGCUUGAACUUACGAUACAUUACUUAUUAAUUGACACAUAAAUUAAACACUUUAUUAUUGUUUUGCAAAAAGUUAUAUAUGUAUAAAAGAUAAGAUUUAUAUAUAUCAUUUUAUAUAUAAAGAUACAUUUCCUACAA